AUGAGUGCUCCAAAAGGCUUCUCUUGGUCUCGAUAUGCGUGAGUUCUAUUUUAUUGGAAUUUUUUUAAUGAAUGAGCUUAAUUUUGUCAAGUUUUUUUGAAAAAUUAGACGGCUGUGAUCAUCGAUGGAAGAGAAAAUAUUGGAGAACAAUAAAAAAAUAAGCUGAGAGCAAGAUUCAAAUUUUUUUAAUAUUUAUAUUGAUUUUUUUCUCGUAUUUUUUUAUAAUAUUAAUAAGUUUGUAAUUGAAAUUUUCAAACUGUAAAUGAAGAAAGUAAAAAAAAAAGAAGGGUUUUCUACUGAUAUUUCCACCAAAAAACUCUUUAAAAAUAGCCUCAAAAAAAUUAAGUUUUUGAGAAAAUUCCUUGAGAAAAAUUUUGCGCCGGAACUUUAUCUUUAUCGUAUCCUUUAAAAAUUAUCAGUCAAAAGUUCAAAAGUUUUACUAGGAUCAGUAACCUUGUUUUCAAGAAUUUAGAAAUAAAAAAUGCUUGGUUUUUCUAUCCUUUUUUUUCAGAACAACAGCUGGAUCGCUUUUCGAGGUGAUUUGUGAGGUCCAGUGUCCGUUCGACGAAUCUUUACCUGGCAUGGUCCUCACAACGUUUCCACCCGAUUAUGGGAACGAUCCGGUCCUGAAAAGUGUCGAGAAGUUCUCCUUCCCUUGCAACUUAACGGAGAACCAACGAUUUUCUUUCACUUUGACCGACGCCAAGAGCGAGUUUUUGUUUGGCUAUUGUACAUAUCAUCACAGUACAAGGACCACUGUCUGUUUAAUCAGGUAUUUUUUGUGAACCUUAUCUUCAAAGAUUGUUUAUUUCCAUUCAGUGCCCUGUUUUGGCCUGACGGAUUCUUCAGGUUCCUCACCAUUGUAGCGCCGGAAAUUUGGGCUGGAGAUGUGAGUUUUUGCCACUUUUUCUUUGAUAGAACUUUUGAUGGAUUUCAGAGCUCUGUAAAUGAUGUUCUGAGAUAUGCAUAUGAUUCAAUCAAUAAAGGGAAUUCAGCUAAAGUCGUCGAGAAGCCGAUGAAAGUUGAGGUAAAACCUUUGUUUCAAAAAUUUCAAAUACCUGAAUAAUUGGAAAGCUUCAAAAUGUAGGUUUGAAAAAAUACAAUGCAAUUUUACGUACAUAUAACUGAGCAUGAAAAUUUUUUAAUUGAUAAGAAUUUUCAAAUCACCAGUUUUUAUUAAUAAUUGUUUCCAUGUGUAACGUUCUUACUGAUGUAGCUCUAAACUUUGAAAAAAAAAAUGUUUCAGUUCCGCCUUCCCAACCUCUCCAAUCGCCGCCCACUAUUUGAAAGUUCUUUACGAGAACUGUUGGACCUUGAUGAACUCUCGGUUAUUCGACUGUACGCAAGGUGAAUUUUCACUCAGCUCAAUUUGAACUGAGAGCCGGGGACUGUAUGGUUAAUAACUUUCCUCCGACCAAAACCGGUUUUAAAAUGAAACGUUGAAGAAAUUUCUAUCAAAACACGGGACUUUAAUCCACUUUUUGUAUUACUUCUUUUUAGAAAUCUAGAAAAAAAUCAAAAUGUUGUAAAAAAAUUAAAAUUUUACAGCUUAUUGAAAGAGCGAAGGAUAAUAAUCCACAGCGAAAGUUUGGAAAAAUCGAGUGCCGCGGUCCACGCUUGUGCAGCGAUUCUACAUCCUAUGGAAUGGUGAAAAAUAUUUUUAUGGCGCAAAAUAACUUCAGAUUUUAUUUUCAGGCAAUCAAUCUUCAUUCCUACCUUGACAAAUAAACUGUUAGAUAUGACAUCAGCUCCGAUGCCGUUUAUCAUAGGCCUGCCAACAAGUUCCAUUAAAGGUGUUGAGGUACACUUUUCACAUUUUUUUUUUUUUGGAAAGUCUCGGUGGGAUAUCGUAAUCGACAAGAUUUGAAAAAUUCAGGCCAGUCGAUUUCAAGAAGUCGUCGUUAUCAAUCUCGACAAGCUCACUGUUAAGGAUCCUUUCGAUGACUAUCAACUACUUCCAAAUGAGGUUUCUCUUUGACUUUAUAUUGGAAAGCGUUGACAAAAGGUAUCAGAAAAAUGAAAAAUAAUUUUCUCAAGCGGAAUGGUGUCAUUUCUAAAAAGUCAACGGAAACCUGAGAAGUUAUUAGAAAAAAUGUUCACUCUCGAGGAUUCCGGCUUCAUUUUUUCUUACUGCUGAUUUAGACAUUGUUCGAAUUUCCAAUAAGAGUUUUAGUUUGAUGAAAACUGUCUGAAAAAAUUCGACGAUUCUUUCUUCAAAUUGAAUAUUAUCCUCCAAAAAAACCGUAUUUUAAAGAUGACUCUUAAGCUUUCAAAGAAAGAAAUUAGGCUAUUAAAAACUUGAUUUUCAAAUCCAGGGACCUCUCCGUUUAUGAAAGUGUACACCUUAAAAUUUUUCAGGUCGCCCGAUAUUUAUUGAAAGAGUUGGCUCUCCUCAAACGACGAGAAUCAGCUGAGCAAGCAACUCCCAUCACCAAACUCUUCCUAAUUGCAAACGCCAUGCUAUUCGGGAAUUUUGGUGAUGGUUUUGUCAGAGACCUUGAGAGCGUAAGAAGAAAUUUACGAAAGAAAAAUAUUUUUCUUUUUUAGAAAACUCGGUUUGAUGUGGAAACCUUCCUGCAAGCUCAGUCAGCUGGAAGCAGAAACUUCCUGAAGGAAGUUUUUGGCUCGGCUCAAUACCUCGAGCGGGUGAGUUCCAGGUUCUUCCUUUUCUUCGAAACCUGCCAGUUAUUCAGUAUAUCGACGGGGUCAUCGACCGUGCCAAUAAAAAUCUGUCGACCGAAGACGAUCUGCAACUUGCCGUUCCUGAAGCUCAAGUGAUCAAACGCGACCUCAAAGCUUCCUUAGGAGAGGUUCAGAAAUAAUACUUUUCAAAAAGUAAGGUUUUGCUCAGAAAGUCAAAGCGAACACCAACAAAGCCAUUGGGGUCCUUCAGUCAAGAAUCCAAAAACUGGAUAUUGCACCGAAAACUCAAAUCGCGGCUUUGAAGAAGUCAUUGGCGCGGUCAGACGACGGCUCUUCUAGUCUCAGUCGACCUUCGGGAUUUGAGAAUGUCCAUUGGCAGGAUUUCAGUGAGCCGGCGGUUAGUUGCAUUCAAGUUUAGUUUCUUAACAAGUAGAAGAAGGACAGGGAAAAACUUUUUUUUCAUCCUUAAAAACUAAAUCUCUUCUUCUUUAUGCAAAUUUCUGCCAAAAAAAAAUAAAGAUUGCGAUGGAUUUUAGUAUCGACUGUUAAUCUCAGGGAGAAUAUAAACUUUCAUCCGUUUCUCAAGUGAAACUCAACAAACAAACAUAUUUUCAUGUGGGAGAAAAAAAGGCAAAGAAAAAACUCUCUAGGAACUAUUAAACGUCCGUCUUAAGAAACUAGGAGGUGAUCGAAAUCUCUGAAAUAAAAACUUUUCUUGAAUCCCAAUUUUUUUUACCUGUCGUUUGAAUUCUUCAUAAAGUCUUCUAAAUUUCAGAACUCCUCAACUUCCUCGACGCCUCUGACCGUCGGUGAUGUCCCCGUUGGUCGACUAGUUGACAUAAGCCCAGCUUCUCCUCCAAGAGAAAUCGUCCUUGACGCUUGGACUUCUCAGCAAAUUCCGUUGGUUUCUAGCAGGUUGGAUAAUUUUCCUAUUUACAAUAAAUAUAGUAAAAAAGAGUUUGGAUACAUUUUUUUGAAUUUGAUUGGGCGUAUUGAAUGGAAUAUAUUAAAUGAGGAAAGGAAAAGUUAGGAUUGGGCCAGAAUAACUUCAGCUUGUAGAAGUUGUAGAACAAGAAAAUGACUGUUUGUGCUGAAAAAGUGAGUAUUUAAAGAAAAGAAAAAAAUCUUAAAAAAACUUACAGUAACUUUCAAGGCUUGAAAAAAAUUUGAUUACGCUAAAGGCCAAAAAAAUUUCAUUUUCUCAAAUUGAAUAUGUUACUCACUCAAGGUUUUUAAAUCUCAAAGAAAACCUGGCUUUCUUUUUUUCAUGUUUUUCUUGAACAGUGAAAUUUUUCUCUAUUUUCAGAUCAUCCAACGCCAAUUCAAUUGACCAAAAUCCACACCGAGAUCCAUUUUCGCCGCCUCAUCUUGUUCCAAACAAAAGCGCGCCACAACUACCUCUAUGGGCAGAUAUUUUCGCGAGUUCAACUCCUGCCCCUCCUCCAGCUCCCGUUCGAGCUCCCGUUCCUCCUCCUAUUCCCUCCAGACCAGCACAUAGGUUUGUUGUAACAAAAAAAGGCUAGGCUUUAAUGAAAAUUUUACAGUGUCAUUCUCGGAGCUCCUCCACCUCGCCCUGCUCAUGUGGUGAGUGGAAAAUUUUUUUUCGUUUAAUUUUUUGUUUUCAAAAUUUUGGCGCCGAAAAAUCUGAAUUUUAUUUUGGAUCAAUAAUUUUAUCCUAUAAAUUUGAUUUUCACUGAACUUUCGGGGAGAGAAACCGAAAAGGUUGAGAAACAGCAAUUUCAUGUUUAAAUUAUUACAAAAGCUCAAGAUGUAUUUUCAGCCAUACUCCCACGAUCUUCUGACUUCAUCUAAUGGGUCAUUUGGUUCUGUACCAUCUUCAAGUUAUUCUUUUCAUAAGUAAGUUUUGUUUUUUUUUCUCCAUUUGCUCAGUUUUUUUUCGUGUCGUUUUCGUGUCUUUUCUCUUAUUGGUGUGAUUAAAAAGACAUGAAAGUAGUGUUGGAAUUUUUUCUGAGGAGAGAGCACGGAUAAACCAGAACAUCUCAAGCGCCAGCCAAAAUAACACCGAUUCUUGUUCUUUCAGCCAUCAAAUGCGACCCGUUCCUGGAACAAACUUAUUGCCCACCAUUGCUCCACAGCCCUUCGAAAGGUUUUACCAACAAUUUUCCUUUCGAAAAUCAGUUUUUCCAGGAUCCGACCCUCUUCCGAACCAAAAGGAGCCCCGACGCAUUGGGAAACGUUUGACGAUUAA